AUGAACGUACACCAGGCUCGUGAGGGCCACUUCAACCCGGCCUCGCCCCAUUCCUCCAGUGGAGCUGCCGAUUCGUUCAAGGGCACUCCUGACACUCGGCUCACUACCUUUUCUCCUGAAGACGGCUCUGCUCGAUCCACACGAGCGCCAGGAUCACUCAAUGCCAGCAUUCGCGAAGCUGGCCCUAUCAAGUAUGGGAUGAGUGCACCGCAAUCAAUUGAUCGAUCAAGCAUAGUAUACCGUAGCAAUCUUCAUCUAGACAAGGAUCCCUUCGUCGGUCCUACGGAUACUAGUUUCAAAGCAAGGCAAAAGUUAUCGCCCACCGCCUCUGUAUUUUCUCCUCUGCCUUCAGCAAUGCCCGCUCGGGGUUCUGCAUCUGAGCCUAAGAGAAUGGAUGCAUUCUCGGAGAAUCUAAGCCAACACUAUGCUCAAACUUCGAGACUCUCCUCGCCGUCAGCGAAUGCCCCACACUCUAACUUCCUUCACGACAAACUAAGCACCGACUCUGGAAUUUCACGAUGUCUAGUUAUCUCUACCACUAAUGGUAAUAGACUAACAGGAACUGAGGUGGAACUAUACCUAUCCGAACUUCAGCAAGCCGGAAUUCCGUUUCAAGGAAACAUGCGGGUUUGUGAAUGUGGCGACCAGGUGUUCGUCCAAUUUUCCAACAUCCGCAGCGCCUGUACCGUGUUCUCCAACUUGACUAUGCGAACUUACAAUUGGACCGUUCGUUCAGUCAGUCCUAGAGAGUUUUCUUCGGUCGUUGAGCCCGGUGCCGGCUCUGUCACUGCGCACGAGGGCCAGCUCUACCUCAGUCUAUUUCCGCAUCUACCCAGUCGCAUUACCACCCUACAACUCGAGAGCUUUUUGAAGGAACUCUUACAGUCUGAAGGAGACUUGUUUGCCUUCAAGAUCCGAGAUGGAGUGCAGGGCAGUCUAAUCAGUGCCCUCGUCGAAUACUGCGAUAACGACAUGUCCCUUCGUGCUGUCUCCAAGUUCAAUAAUGCCGUUGUUGAGGGUUUUCAGAUCUGCAUUACGUUAUACCGACCUGACUUGAGGCCCAUCACGGCGCCAAGUGGAACCAACGGUUCUGCUCGGGCUGUGGUCUCGCCAACACAACUGGCUACCGGCUUCCGACGAAUGUCUAUCGGAAGAACACCAUCAGUUAUUCCAACUGCGACCAAUUCAUUGUACAGUACGCCAGCCAGACACAGUAUCUCUCAGAGUGGCUUCCAGUUGCCGUCACCUUAUGGUGUCGUCCCUCUUCUCUAUACCGGACUACCCAUCACCCCUCCGUACAUGAUGGACCAGAGCUCGCCUAGAACUCCUAGCAGCAUGUUGUCGGCCAGUAAUUAUUCACUGGCGAGCCCCACGCUAUCACAGCACAGCUCCUUUUUGUCCACUGACCUCAUGACGCCGAGGCAGUUCCAAAACUUUGGCCGUUCUGAUGGUCGCAGACAGAAUGCAAUGCGCAUUGCUCGAUCUCCCUACUAUAACCCCGCUAAUCACCACAACCAUGUUGACGUCAGUCGCAUUCGGGACGGAAUUGACGUGCGUACAACGAUCAUGCUACGCAACAUACCUAACAAGGUUGAUCAAGCUCUUCUAAAGAAAAUCGUGGAUGAGUCUAGCUGGGGAAAGUAUGAUUUUAUGUAUCUGCGCAUCGAUUUCGCGAACGAUUGCAAUGUCGGUUAUGCGUUCAUCAAUUUUGUCGAUUUCGUACAUGCGAGAGCCAAUCAGCGUUGGAAUUGCUUCAAGAGUGAUAAGGUUGCAGAGGUCUCUUAUGCGACUAUCCAAGGCAAGGACUGCCUCGUCCAGAAGUUCCGCAAUAGCUCGGUGAUGCUUGAGGCACCUCAUUAUCGACCCAAGCUCUUCUACACCUUGAACGGCCCUCACCCUGAAUUGGCGGGUGAGGAGGAGCCAUUCCCUGAGCCUGACAAUCAAUCGAAGAUGAAGAGAAGCUGUGAAAACGCUGAACACGUUGGUCUGUUCACUCCUAAUGCAGGACAGCAUUUUCGUGACGAGCAACGACGCCGCCGUUCUCAAUUUGACCGUGGAAAUCCCCGACUUGAGGAGUAUGACUAUGAUACAGCUAUUUGCCGUCAGAGUUAUUACCCUUCGCAGUAGGCUCCUAGAAGCUUUUGUGGCCGCCUUAUUAUAUGGCGUUUAUUUGAUCGUUUCUUUUUCUCAUUUUCGCGUCUUUCGGUUUCGUCUCG